AUGGCCGUCAACACUACCUGUAAGCAGACACUCUUGACAAAGGCCACUCCAAGGCAAACACAUGGCGGCCACAGCCACUGACGAAGACAAACAGUCUCUGGGUACUCUGCCUUGACCAGUACGCCAACUGCUUGCCCGUCGUGCUUCUUCGGCGCUAUUGCUGCCACUUUACUGUCUUUCCCGUAUGACAUCGUCGAAACCAUCACGGUCACCACCAUCCCCUACACUUCCACUUGCGACGAUGGAGACAUCAUCACCUCGACGGCCACCAUCACUGGCACUCCGACCAUCACUCUUUCGUCUAGCGCGAGCACCUUUGCUGUGGAUCACUACACUUGGGAUGUCAGCGGAGUAUCCAUGUACGCCAAACAUCGUCAGUUCUCAAUUCGACCGACUAACAUUCUCUUUCAAGGGCCUACCCAUCGACCUACAUCCAAUACCUGGACUUCGAACGCGACGACUUCUAUCCAACUGCCACGGAAGACACCACUUGUGCGGGAUCCACCAUCACCACCGCACCUGCACUCCCUUCCCCAACCAACCCGUCCGCUUUCAUCUACCCCAUCACCGACCCCAUCUGGACCACCACGGAGAACCACACCCUCUUCUUCUCCGUUCCCCUCCCCACCACUCUGGGCCUGUAUCUCGAAACCCUAGCCCAACAAGAAGCAUGCGCAACCGGCUUCAGCAACGUCCUCGGUUGUCGCGCUUUGCAAACGUCCUGGACCAAUUCCCCCGGCCCACGCUGUGCUACGACGUAUUACACUUCCACCGACAUCGCUACCGAUACAGCUUCCGGCAGCGUCCCUGCUGCUCUCGCUACCCCUGCCGUCCCCGUCUAUGGCCCUCCACCGCUCUACAACGAAACCGCCACCCCUCUUCCCGGUCGUCCUGCUGUUGUCGUUGUCACUUCUUACAGCACGAGUUACACCACUGCUACGGUCGUCAAUUGCACGGAUGUUCCCAUUCCCACUCCUCUUGCUGCUGCCGCUGGUGGUGGAUUGAAAACUGCUUCGAGUAGGGUCUUCAUCCCCGGGACGGAGACGGCUACGCCUGCGUAUGGGAUCGUGAGCACGCUUUUGACGCCGAGGGAGGCGCCUACUGCGCUUUGA